AUGUCAGCCAACACCACAACUUUCCUCAUGCGAAAUUCACCAUGUAAUGAGUUUUCAAUUGCGGAAGAAUUUUUCAUCUCAAGAGCAUACGAUCAACGUUCUAAAUCCAAGAAAAGAAGCACUAUCGCCGGUCCAUGUGCGGGAAGAUCUCUGAGUGCCGGGCAGAACUCAACUUCUGGUACGGAAGCCAAUCAUUUCGAGAGCGCAGUCAACCCGAGCUUGCUGGCUCAGAAGACUCGAUACAUCUUGAAAUUACAGACUUCAGUUGCUAAUCUAGCUCCAGCCCUUUGUGUUCUGCCAUACGAUUCUUUCGAGCACGAUAGUACUACUCUUGCUGCAGCUUCGGAGAGAGAUGCUGCGCUAGAUCCCGAAUUCAAGUUCGAAUUUCCAAUGACCCAUUGGGUGGUCUACCUACUACUCGACUCGGGCAAGUUGAUCUACAACGGUCUGUCUGCACCCUACUGUGUGCCCCUUGAUCGGGUGCAUGGUUUUGGUGCCCCGAUGCUUCAAUCUAUGAAGGAAAAUCAAUGCCUGCGUUCAGAGUGGGGUUGUCACGAAAAGUAUCCCAACGCUCUGACGAUGGAGCUUGAAAAGAAGAAGAUUCUGAUUUUCUACGUGGCUUACUUGGAUUUUCGCCCUCCCAAUCCUUUCAUUUGA